UUCACCCCAUACCUAGCUCGCAUCGUCUUGCCUUCUACCUCGCUGUUCAGGGCUGGGCCCUUGCACGUACUGGUCAUGCCCUCGACCACGACCUCUUCACAUAUGUCAGCCUUUCCUGUAUCACUAGGUUGAGAUAUCCUGGCCUUUUACCUCGACAAUCAAGAACCACGUCUGCCGGCCAUAUUGCAGCACACGAGCGCUAAACGAUGUAUACCAGGGACUACAGUUCCAAGCCUUUGAAAGGGCUCAUCAGGAUGGACCCGGACUGUGCCAUCUGCCAUGCUCCGGCCGCACUCGCCUGCGAAUGCGAGGCGAAGGGCCUGGAGGUGGCCGUCCGGCAGGCCGAGAGUCGGAUGAUGCAGUCGAUCUACAAUGACAUACGGUGCGAGCGCCCUUCCCUUCCCCCGAUCCUCUUCGCCCCGCAGCUGGCAUAUGCUGAUGACCCCUUUCCCCCCACCCCCAGCUCAUGGGUGCGAGCUCACGCGCAGGACUACAUCCUCGAGUACUUCCGCCUCCUAACCGAGCGGCGCAAGGCAGCCCACGCCCAGCAACUGGAACGGAUCCAAGCCCAUGCGUACCACUACUACCACGCGCCACCGCAUCCCCACGAGAUUGCCGCGGCCCAGUCGCAGCUGAAGCGGGGCAUCGACGAGGACUGGCAGUCGUCGGUGCAGCGCUACCCGGAGGUGCUCGAGUACUUCUACAGCCUAGUCGAGCUGACCUUGCCGGACGACAACGAGCCGGCCGUCAAAGACCCGCCGCUCAGCGCCCUCUCGGGGCCGCGAAAGGGCAGCGCCCGCCGCGUCGGCGGUGGCGGCGCCACCACCACCGUGGCGAGCGGACCCAGCCUCGCCAACCACGAGAGGGAGUACUCCCAGCCCCGCGGCCGGACACCGCCGCCGCCGCCGCUGGAACUGUUGCGCGAGCGGAGGACCCCCGCGCCCCGCGAGCGCAGGCAUUCCUUCCGCGGCCCCCCGCCGCCGCCGCCCUCGUACUACUACUGACGGCCCGGCCCGAGUUGUAUCCUGUGCUAUCAUCCCCUUUUGCGCGCAUCUCGGCGGGACAAAAAGAAAAAAGAAGCAAGUUCAAGGGAUACCGCAAACCAAACGGUACUCACCUUACCCUGCUCCAACGGCCCUUGCUGGGUCUGCUACUACCUCGCCGCCCGCCGCCCGCCGCCCGCCGUGUCCGAGCCCAACCACCCCGAUACUUCCUCGACCGCAACCUCUCCGCUUUAAUGAGUCUAACGAGAGCAACGACAUCUUGGGAUCUUUCCUUUGUGUGGUGACGUUCGAUAAUGGCACGACUUGCAUGCAUGCAUAGCCUCGGCUGCGUUUUCGGACAGGCAUCUCGGAGUUUGUGUGUGCUGCGGCUCUUUUUUUGCAGAGCUGCUUGGCUCGCAUGGCUGUGGACUGAGCCACU